GUUUACCUGUGAGGAGCCACCACGGCCCACCGAGAUGUCCCGGCACCACAGCCGCUUUGAAAGAGAUUACCGGGUGGGCUGGGACCGCCGCGAGUGGAGUGCCAACGGGACACAUGGGACCACCAGCAUCUGCAGCGCCACCGCCGGGGCUGGCGGCGGCACAGCCAGCAGCCUCAGCGCCCGGCCCGGCCUCCUGCCACUGCCGGUGGUGCCCUCCCGGCUGCCCACGCCCGCCACGGCCCCUGCUCCCUGUACCACCGGCAGCGGCGACGCCAUCACCAGCCUCGUGGCCAGCUCUGCCUCCGCCGUCACCACCAAGGCUCCCGGCAUCUCCAAAGCAGACAGUCAGUCCCAGGGACUCACGACCAGCAUCCGGUGGGGGCAGACGCCCAUCAAUCAGUCCACGCCCUGGGACACUGAUGAGCCGCCCUCCAAACAGAUGAGGGAGAGCGACAACCCAGGCACAGGGCCAUGGGUGACCACGGUGGCCGCCGGGAGCCAGCCCGCCCUGAUCGCACACUCCUAUGGAGUAGCCCAGCCUCCCACCUUCAGCCCGGCUGUGAACGUCCAGGCCCCGGUCAUUGGGGUGACCCCCUCACUGCCUCCACACGUGGGGCCCCAGCUCCCGCUGAUGCCGGGCCACUACUCGCUCCCACAGCCGCCCUCUCAGCCACUGAGCAACGUGGUGGUCAACAUGCCUGCCCAGGCCCUGUAUGCCAGCCCUCAGCCCCUGGCCGUUUCCACACUGUCUGGUGUGGGACAGGUGGCCCGCCCAGGACCCACCACGGUGGGCAACGGUCAUAUGGCAGGGCCCCUGCUGCCUCCGCCACCGCCAGCCCAGCCAUCUGCCACUCUCCCCAGCGGCGCCCCUGCCACCAAUGGGCCCCCCGCGACCGACUCAGCCCACGGGCUGCAGAUGCUGCGGACCAUUGGUGUGGGGAAGUAUGAGUUCACCGACCCUGGGCACCCCAAAGAAAUGUUGAAGGAAUUGAACCAGCAGCGCAGAGCGAAAGCCUUUACAGACCUGAAAAUUGUUGUUGAAGGCAGAGAGUUUGAAGUCCACCAAAAUGUUCUAGCUUCCUGCAGCUUGUAUUUCAAGGACCUGAUUCAAAGGUCGGUGCAAGAUGGCAGCCAGAGCGGCCGGGAGAAGCUGGAGCUCGUCCUGUCCAACCUGCAGGCAGACGUCCUGGAGCUGCUGCUGGAGUUCGUGUACACGGGCUCCCUGGUCAUCGACUCGGCCAAUGCCAAGACCCUGCUGGAGGCGGCCAGCAAGUUCCAGUUCCACACCUUCUGCAAAGUCUGUGUGUCCUUUCUGGAGAAGCAGCUGACGGCCAGCAACUGCCUGGGGGUGCUGGCCAUGGCCGAGGCCAUGCAGUGCGGCGAGCUCUACCACAUGGCCAAGGCCUUCGCGCUGCAGAUCUUCCCUGAAGUGGCGGCCCAGGAGGAGAUCCUCGGCAUCUCCAAGGACGACUUCAUCGCCUACAUCUCCAACGACAGCCUCAACACCAAGGCCGAGGAGCUGGUGUACGAGACCGUCAUCAAGUGGAUCAAGAAAGACCCUGCCUCCCGUGCUCAGUAUGCCGCAGAGCUCCUGGCCGUGGUCCGUCUCCCCUUCAUCCACCCCAGCUACCUGCUCAACGUGGUUGACAACGAGGAGCUGAUCAAGUCAUCAGAAGCAUGUCGGGACCUGGUCAAUGAGGCCAAACGCUACCACAUGCUGCCCCACGCCCGCCAGGAGAUGCAGACGCCCCGAACCAGGCCACGCCUCUCAGCAGGUGUGGCGGAAGUCAUCGUUUUGGUCGGGGGCCGUCAGAUGGUGGGGAUGACCCAGCGCUCGCUGGUGGCCGUCACCUGCUGGAACCCACAGAACAACAAGUGGUACCCCUUGGCCUCGCUGCCUUUCUACGACCGCGAGUUCUUCAGUGUAGUGAGUGCCGGGGACAACAUCUACCUCUCAGGUGGGAUGGAAUCAGGGGUGACGCUGGCCGACGUCUGGUGCUACAUGUCCCUGCUUGACAACUGGAACCUCGUCUCCAGAAUGACGGUCCCCCGCUGUCGGCACAACAGCCUCGUCUACGAUGGGAAGAUUUACACGCUCGGGGGCCUUGGGGUAGCAGGCAACGUAGACCACGUGGAAAGGUAUGACACCAUCACCAACCAGUGGGAGGCCGUGGCCCCUCUGCCCAAGGCAGUGCACUCUGCGGCAGCCACCGUGUGCGGCGGCAAGAUCUACGUGUUUGGUGGUGUCAAUGAGGCUGGCAGAGCCGCAGGUGUCCUCCAGUCUUACGUGCCACAGACCAACACGUGGAGCUUCAUUGAGUCCCCGAUGAUUGACAACAAGUACGCCCCUGCCGUCACCCUCAAUGGCUUCGUGUUCAUCCUGGGCGGGGCCUAUGCCAGAGCCACCACCAUCUAUGACCCCGAGAAAGGCAACAUUAAGGCCGGCCCGAACAUGAACCACUCUCGCCAGUUCUGCAGCGCCGUGGUGCUUGAUGGCAAGAUCUAUGCGACCGGGGGCAUUGUCAGCAGUGAGGGGCCCGCGCUGGGCAACAUGGAGGCCUACGAGCCCGCCACCAACACAUGGACCCUCCUCCCCCACAUGCCCUGCCCUGUGUUCAGACACGGCUGCGUCGUGAUAAAGAAAUACAUUCAAAGCGGCUGACAUCAGCUGAUCACCCACACGAGACUGUGGACGAGUCCGGUGAGGCAAAUGCUUCUCACAGUGAUCGAUUUUCAGCAACACCGAUAAGAGGCCGACAAACACAAUCAAGGAACUCACUGCGCUAAACAUUCGAAUACUCUCUACAUUGAAUGUAGAAAAUCAUCCUUGCCUUUGGGGAAAGUGGGGCCUAGCGCUCUGAGCAGCAGGACCCGGGGCGUCCAGCGAGCGGGGCCCCGGGGCUCCAGCAGAAGAACUUGCUCUGAACGGAGGCGCUCACUCUGCCCGGUGCAAUAGAGUCUCACAUAUUUUUCAACUGGGAGAGAGAAGCUGUUUUUUCCUUCCUGCAGAGCAAGCUUGACCCCAAAACCACCCUAGAUCAGUUAUCCUGUGACACUAUUAGGCGUCAGGCUCUCUUGGAAUAAGAUCAAAGUGUCCUUAUCACUUUGAUUCCUACUUUUGUUUUUAACCAAUCUACACUUCCAGUGGCCAAGAGAAAACAAGGGACAAUAUUGUACGGCACGAGGUCGCGGAGGCUGCUGGUCCCCACUGGGGCUGAAGAGGUCCCGCCGCCUGGGCAGAGCCAGGCGUGGCUGGAGCCACCCCGCCGGUCAGCGGGGAACAGCUGGGGGAGCUGCCUGUCCUCACAGGGUUUUCUACCACGUUUUUGCUGGAGAAGGACAAGAUGAUCAUGCUAGCUUUCUCUUAUCCAAUAUGAAUUAUUUAGAUUUCCAAGGCAUUUUCUUGAUAAACAAAAAGCUAUUUUUAAGUACCAAGAGGAGGAGGCCACAAGAGGGAGAACGCAGGAAUUCCCCAAGCUCUUUGUAGGCAGAGCCGGAGCGGGGCAUUUGCUCUGAUUUUUCUACAUGCAGAAUAGAGGAUCUCUCCUGGGGGGAGUAAACGCCCCCGUUUUAUUUUUAGAAAAAGUAACUCCCAGACAGCCGCCAUAAAAGCUGUGCCUCCUGGGGGUUCUGAUCUAGAAGGCAACCACAGUCCAGCUCCCUCCAUGAGGUAAAGCUGAGGACCCAGGCCCAGUGGGAACGGAAGGAGGGAGGGCGGGCGGAUCAAGGUCUACAAAGCACAGGAGACUAUUUUUGAUAUUUAUAGCUAUAUAUUAAGGCACCUGCCACCAGAGCUCUCAGGAUGGGGACAGCCUUCUUAGAUGAGCCAUGACAGCCACGGCCCGAGGGGCAUGAGCAGAAUCGCUCUUCUUAUAGCAUGUCACCCUGAGACGGGGACGCGGGGACAGAGGUGACCCCGGGGCUCGAACGUGAGAGGCCUUCCCCGCCAGUCCUCAGACCCUCCAACCUCAUGCGGUGAUCAGUUUCCAUUCCAGGGCAAGAAGAACGCCGCCGCCACUGCGCUGUUUAGUUGAAGUUGGUACCAAAUACACAUCUACCAUUUUUAUAUCUAGGAAGUCAACCUGCUGUCAUUUCAUGAUUUAAAAAAAAAAAAACCAGAAACAUUUACAAGGAGAAAAGGACAGGACUCGCCUUCCACCUCUCAGCAUUUGAGGACACAAAAAUUCCAGCUCUAGCACUUACAAGUGCGGCUCCCACUUGGACGAGAUACCGAGCUUCGUUAUGCAGUUUUUAAUAUUAUUUAUUCUUUUAAAAAGUAAUAAGCACAAAACUACAUACAUUGUAUGUCAUUUAACGUAUUUAUGUCAAACAGGGUGCAAGUGUGAACCCAAGGACUGGAGCACAAAUUUCUAACUGCCUGGGGCAGGGCUACGUUAGCGUCGGGGUGCGGCUGCCUCCAAAGGAGGUGUUAGUGGUCAGCAGGACUCAACACAGAUGACGCUGAGACCGCGCGUCUCUCCUCAUCUAUCACACUGGAGCAAAACUGGCUGUUUCUGUGAAUGAUAUAA